AUGGCAAUGGGGGGACAGAAGGGACUGGAAGAAUUCAGUGGAGGUGAUGUCAUGGUGUAUGAUCAGUGGUUGAAUCCCUUAUUUAUUCUUGGCCAUAAACGGAAGCUUGAAGAAGAUGAUAUGUAUAAAGUGCUGCCAGAAGAUUCUUCAGAAAAGCUUGGAGAGGAAUUACAGUGGUACUGGGAUAAAGAAGUGCAAAAAGCAAAAAAGAGAGGAAAGACACCACAUUUAACAAAAGCCAUUAUUCUUUGUUACUGGAAAUCCUAUUUAGUUUUUGGAAUUUUCACAAUGAUUGAGGAAACCCUCAAAAUAGUUCAGCCAAUAUUUCUGGGAAAAAUUAUUAAUUAUUUUGAAAACUAUGAUCCCUCAGAUGAGGUCACUUUGAAUUUUGCCUAUUGCUACGCAGCUGCUCUGUCUGUGUGCACGCUUAUUCUGGCUAUAAUGCACCACUUAUACUUCUACCAUGUGCAGCGGGCUGGCAUGAAGCUGAGGGUGGCCAUGUGUCAUAUGAUUUACCGCAAGGCACUUCGUCUCAGCAAUGUAGCUAUGGCACAAACUACCACUGGUCAAAUAGUGAAUCUUCUGUCAAAUGAUGUGAACAAAUUUGAUCAGGUAACGAUUUUCUUGCACUUCUUGUGGGCUGGACCAAUUCAAGCUGUAGCAGUAACAGUACUUCUCUGGAUGGAGAUAGGCCCGUCCUGUCUUGCAGGAAUGGCAGUUCUCAUUAUUCUUCUUCCUGUCCAGACCUGCAUUGGGAGGCUUUUCUCUUCCCUAAGAAGCAAGACAGCUGCCUUAACAGACGUCAGGAUCAGGACCAUGAACGAAGUCAUAAGUGGUAUGAAGAUAAUAAAGAUGUAUGCUUGGGAAAAAUCAUUUGAGGAGCUUGUGAAUGGGUUAAGAAGGAAGGAGAUCGCCAUGGUCAUGAAAAGCUCCUACCUCCGAGGGCUGAACCUAGCCUCUUUCUUUGUGGCAAGCAAGAUCACAGUGUUCAUGACGUUCAUGGCCUACGUGCUGCUGGGGAACGUGGUGUCGGCGAGCCGGGUGUUCGUGGCGGUGUCGCUGUACGGGGCGGUGCGGCUUUUCUUCUUCCCCGCCGCCGUCGAGAGGGUCUCCGAGGCGCUCAUCAGCAUACGGCGCAUCAAGAACUUUCUGAUACUGGAUGAGGUCUCACACCUCAGGCCACAACUGCAUGGUGGCAAUGAGAAUAUCAUUCUUCACGUUCAGGAUUUGACUUGCUAUUGGGAUAAGAGUUUAGAAAGCCCAGCACUUCAACAGCUUUCCUUUACUGUCAGACGAGGGGAGUUAUUGGCUGUGAUUGGUCCUGUAGGAGCUGGAAAAUCCUCUCUCUUAAGUGCUGUGCUUGGUGAGCUGCCUAAAGACAAAGGCUUGAUAAAUGUUACUGGAAGAAUUGCCUAUGUUUCUCAGCAGCCCUGGGUGUUUUCUGGUACAGUAAGAAGUAAUAUACUGUUUGACAAGGAAUAUGAGAAGGAAAAAUAUGAGAAAGUUUUAAAAGUCUGUGCUCUGAAAAAGGACUUGGAAUUAUUAGCAGAUGGUGACCUAACAGUAAUAGGAGAUCGUGGAGCUACACUGAGUGGGGGACAGAAGGCUCGUGUAAAUCUGGCCAGAGCUGUGUAUCAAGAUGCAGACAUCUAUCUUUUGGAUGAUCCACUGAGUGCAGUAGAUGCUGAAGUUGGAAGACAUUUGUUUGAAAAAUGCAUUUGUCAGGCAUUACAUCAGAAGAUUUCUGUUUUGGUCACUCACCAAUUGCAAUAUCUUCGUGCUGCAAGUCAAAUUCUAAUUUUAAAAGAUGGUAAAAUGGUGGGGAAAGGUACCUAUUCAGAGUUCCUGAGAUCUGGCAUCGACUUUGCUUCCCUUUUGAAAAAAGAUGAGGAGGUAGAACAGCCGUCGGUUCCGGGAACCCCCAACCUGAAGCCUGCCCGGAACAGAACCUUCUCGGAGUCCUCUGUCUGGUCCCAGGAUUCUUCUGUCCACUCACAGAAAGAUGGAACAGUGGAGCAGCCACCUGCUGAAAAUGCUCUGGCUGCAGUGCCAGAGGAGAGUCGCUCUGAGGGAAAAAUAAACUUCAAGGUUUACAGAAAAUAUUUCACUGCAGGAGCAAACUACUUUGUAAUUUUUAUACUUUUAGUAUUCAAUAUUUUGGCACAGGUGGCAUAUGUGCUCCAGGACUGGUGGCUUUCUUACUGGGCAAAUCGUGAAGAAGAGUUAAAUGUCACAACAAAUGGAAAUAAUGGAGUGAAUGAGACUGAACAUCUAGACCUUAACUUUUAUUUGGGAAUUUAUGCAGGUUUAACGGUGGCUACAAUACUGUUUGGCAUAAUAAGAAGUCUUCUGAUGUUUCAAGUUCUUGUUAAUUCUGGUCAGACUUUGCACAACAAAAUGUUUCAAUCCAUUUUGAAAGCUCCCGUCUUGUUUUUUGACAGAAAUCCUAUUGGAAGAAUCUUAAAUCGCUUCUCCAAAGAUAUUGGCCACCUGGAUGAUUUGCUUCCACUGACGUUCUUGGACUUCGUACAGACUCUCCUACAGAUUUUUGGUGUGGUGGCUGUGGCUGUGGCAGUGAUUCCUUGGAUACUCAUCCCCUUAAUACCACUAUUUAUUCUUUUCAUUUUUCUUCGACGAUAUUUCUUAGACACUUCAAGAGAUAUUAAACGUCUAGAAUCCACAACUAGAAGUCCUGUGUUCUCCCACUUGUCGUCCUCCCUCCAGGGACUUUGGACUAUUCGGGCUUUGAAAGCAGAGGAGAGAUUUCAAAAAUUAUUUGAUGCACACCAAGACCUUCACUCAGAGGCCUGGUUUCUAUUUUUGACGACCUCAAGAUGGUUUGCUGUGCGCCUGGAUGCCAUCUGUGCCAUUUUUGUUAUAGUGAUUGCUUUUGGUUCUCUGCUUCUCGCCAAGACUCUGAACGCGGGGCAGGUUGGUUUGGCGCUGUCCUACGCCAUCACCCUGAUGGGGACGUUCCAGUGGGGCGUCAGACAGAGUGCUGAAGUUGAAAACCUG